GCUAUGGUUGCGCUAACAAGUGUUCCACCUCCAGCUGCCGCCGCACAGUGCCGCGACUAUUGGGACGGCACGGCACCCUUCUGUUCCGGAGGCCCUUGCAAACCAGGUUGGCAUGCCGGAGGCAGCUCGGAUUAUGGUGACGGUGCCUACUGCAUUACCGGCCACAAGGUGCUAUGCAAGUGCAACGGAGGAGGCUUGCCUCCAAAUUGUAACCAACUAACGAGGACCUCAUGCGUGGGUCUCCUCUUGUUCUGCAAUACUGGCUGCGGUUGGUACGUUUGCGGAGGGUGUCUGUUUUGGUGGAUUGCCGCCCAGCAGGAGAACGGUACGUCUGCUCGAGUAACACACCUCUCCCUGGUAGUGACUGCGCUGACACUGCUAUGA